AUGGUGCAAAUGGACUUGGAGGAAAGUGAUAAAGUUAUUUGCAAACCAAGUGAUAUUGAAGAAAAUGAAGGGGACUGCAUGUUUGUAGCAAGGCUAGAAAAUAGUGAUGAAAAUUUGUUGAAUAAGGUGGUCCAUAAUAUAGAUGAAGCAUAUGCUUUAUAUAAUGAUUAUGCAUUGCGAAUGGGUUUUAGUAUUCGUAAAGGAAAGCCUAGAUAUUAUUAUGGGACGAAGAACAUAAAGCAACGUGAAUUUCUAUGUUCUAAGGAGGGUUUUAAACUAGAUGAAGAUUUUUGUAAAGAGAAAUAUUCGAAGAGACUAGAGACUAGAACUGGUUGUAAAGCAUUUAUUCGCUUCACAGUUGAAAAUGGUGUUUGGAGGGUUAGUGCAUUUAAUCCAGAGCAUAAUCAUGAACUUGCACUACAAUCAGAGAGGCAUUUGUUAAGAUCUGGUUGUCGUAUUUCAAAACCUAAAGCAGAUGUAAUUGAUACCAUGGUGAAUGCAGGUAUAAGUACAAAGAAUGCUUAUUCAUAUCUAACAAAAGAAGUUGGAGGGAGUGAAAAUGUGGGUUUUACCGAAAGAGAUUGUUAUAAUCAUGUGAAUAUGCAAAAGAUGACAAUGAUUAGUGCUGGAGAUGCUCAAAGCUUAUUGAAUCAUUUUAAGUCUAAGCAUGCAGAAGAUCCCAUGUUUUUUUACACAGUUCAAGUAGAUCAAGAAAAUCGAAUGACAAAUUUUUUCUGGAGAGAUGGGAGAUCAAGAGUUGAUUAUGAUUGUUUUGGAGAUGUAGUAGUAUUUGACACUACAUACCGUACCAAUAAAUAUAAUUUGAUUUGUGCUCCAUUUGUAGGUGUUAAUCACCAUUGGCAAAAUGUGAUGUUUGGAUGUGCAUUCCUUUUGGAUGAGACCACUGAUUCAUUUAAAUGGUUGUUUAAGUCAUUCUUAGACUCAAUGGGGAAUCGAUCGCCUAUAACAAUUUUCACUGACCAGGAUCAAGCUAUGUCAAAUGCCAUUGGGGAAGUGUUUCCAAAUACACAUCAUCGGCUAUGUUUGUGGCAUAUUUCAAAAAAUGCUCCUUCUCGCUUAGGAGACUUAAACUCUAACUCAGAGUUUAUGUACUUGUUCAACAAGUGCCAAAAAUAUUGUGAUUCAGAAUUGGAAUUUCAACAGACAUGGGAUCAAAUGACACAAAGAUUUGAUAUUGAGAAUCAUCAUUGGCUUAAUAUGAUGUACAAAAUUCGACAUAAGUGGAGCACUGCAUUCACUAAGGAUUUUUUCACAGCUGAAUUUAAAUCUUCCUCGAGGAGUGAGAGCACGAACCAUGUUUUGAAUGGUAUAGCAAAUAAAUCAAUUAGUCUCACUAAGUUUGUAAUUGAAUAUGAAAAUGUAUUGGCAGGUAUGCGUUCCUCGGAAUUGGAUGAAGAUUUUCGAUGCAAGCAAGGUGCCCCACAAAAAGCAGUUAAGAAGAGUGGCAUUUUGGGUCAUGCAGCUCAAGUUUACACCUGUAAGAUAUUCAAUUUAUUUGAAAAUCAAUUUCUUGAUAGUCUUGCAAUGGUUUGGGAUCAAGUUGAUUGCCAAGAUACAAUUGGUGUUUUUGAGGUCAAAGAAGAAAAUAGUGAAAGAGUACGCAUUGUCCGGUUUGAUCGUCUUAAUAAUAAUAUUUCUUGUUCUUGUAAGAAAUUUGAGUCAUUGGGGAUUCUUUGUUGUCAUGCAUUGCGGGUUUUUAGUAUAAAAAAUUUAACUAGAAUUCCAAGUCAAUACAUUUUGAAACGUUGGACAAAAGAGGCUAAGAAGGGGAUGAUGACUUAUGAACAAGACAAUCAUUCACUUAGUAAUGAUAAAGAGGCAAAGAUAGUAUGGCGUAAUAGCAUGAUGCGAAUAGCUAAUACAAUCAUAUCUAAAAGUCAAGGGGAGGAUAGCCUUAAGAGAAUUUGCCAAAAAUUGCUAUUGGAACUUGAUGAAAAAAUUGAAAGGGAGUUAUCAAGGGUCAAGUUUGAUGUAGAUGCAAAUGUGGAAGAGAAUGAAGUCAUACAAUGUGACACCACUGAUGAAAUGCCUUGCUUGCCAAAUGAGGUGUUAGUGUUAAAUCCCCCAUGUGUGAGAUCAAAAGGUUUAAGAAAUACUAGACUUAAAGGGCACUUUGAGAAGCGCAAGGCAAACACAUCUAAAGAUGCAUCUUCUUCAAGAAAAAGAAAACAACAAGUAGUUGAAGAACAUUCAAAUGUCUCAUUUGGUGGCGCAUACAAUACACCAGUCUGUCAACCACUUAAUCCCUACUCUUAUACAGGCUUUACAAGUGCUAACUUAUGUGGUCAAUCUUACUCACCUUGGACAAUGCAUUCUCAGGACAUGAGUUAUGUAAAUGUACCAUUUACAUCUAUGUUGCAAGGUACCGAUGUUGUAGCCCAACUUAAUCAGAAUUCAUCUACUUCCCAAAUGAGCUCAUUGAUUUAUAAUUCCAAGCAACCAGAUUACAAAUAUAGCCAAGAGGUUGUCAACCACAUAGAAAAGUUAAAGAAGUAA